UCUACCCAAUUCAAACCACCUCGUGUUCACAUUCUCUCGUACAGACAUUUGAUCAAACACUUUUCCAUCUCUCUCUCUCUCUCUUCGUUCUGACACUCGGUAAUGGAAAUUAGCUCUUUCCCAUUUCUUAAUCAAGAAGAUUGUUCACAUUUCUACAGUUUGUUCCAAGACAUGGAGAGUUUCAAUGUGAACGCUAACCCCAAAAAGCGGCAAAGAAAGGACGACGAUGUUAGCGAUAAGGAGGAGACGAAGAAGACCGUGUUUACGGACAUUCUCACUUCGCUCAUCUUGUUGGAUGAGCAGGAGAAGCAAGAACAAGAACGGUGGGUCACGGACGCUCAGCAAGAUAAGUCCUUCUUCGAGGCUAACCACAAGCAAAUGACCCAAGCUACGAGCGAGUAUUAUUCCCAGCUCCAAAACCAUUACUCUGAUGUGGACAAUUUGGACACCUCGAGGACUAAGCGGGCCCGCCGCUCCGCUUCAGCAUCCGCCGCUGCCGCCGCCUCCUCUGUUGCGGCGGGAAAUUCCGGAUCGAACAGUCCGCCGCAACAGCACCAUCGUCGGCUGUGGGUGAAGGAUCGGUCCAGGGACUGGUGGGAUCAGCACAACCACCCAGACUUCCCAGACGACGAGUUUCGCCGUGCGUUCCGUAUGAGCAAGGCCACGUUCAAUAUGAUCUGCGACGAGCUCGAAGCUGUCGUCACGAAGAAGAACACGAUGCUUCGCGACGCUAUCCCUGUUCGCCAACGCGUCGCGGUUUGCGUGUGGAGAUUAGCCACCGGUGAGCCUCUACGACUCGUGUCGAAGCGGUUCGGGUUGGGUAUAUCCACUUGUCACAAGCUCGUACUUGAAGUUUGUUCAGCGAUUCGGAAUGUCCUAAUGCCGAAGUUUGUUCAGUGGCCCGACGAGAAUAGAAUGAGGAUUAUUAAGGACGAGUUCCAGUCGGUUUCAGGGAUACCCAACGUUGGUGGGUCGAUGUACACAACCCAUAUUCCAAUUAUCGCUCCGAAGGUCAAUGUGGCUUCUUAUUUCAAUAAGAGGCAUACUGAGAGGAAUCAAAAGAGCUCAUACUCGAUAACGGUUCAAGGGGUUGUUGAUCCUAAGGGAGUGUUCACCGACGUUUGCAUUGGUUGGCCCGGUUCGAUGCCCGACGACCAGGUGUUGGAGAACUCUGCCCUGAGCAAGAGGAUCCAGAUGGGGCUCUUGAAGGACGUUUGGAUUGUUGGGAAUUCUGGGUACCCUCUCACUGACUGGGUUUUGGUUCCUUACACGCACCAAAACCUCACUUGGUGUCAGCACGCGUUCAACGAGAAAAUUGGGGAGGCUCAAAGGGUUGCCAAGGAGGCGUUUGCGAGGUUGAAAGGGAGGUGGUCUUGCUUGCAGAAGAGGACAGAGGUGAAACUCCAAGAAUUGCCUGUGGUUCUUGGGGCUUGCUGUGUCUUACACAAUAUCUGUGAGAUGAGAAAUGAAGAGAUUGAUCCGGAGCAGAGGUUUGAGCUUUUUGAUGAUGAAAUGGUCGCUGAGAAUGGUUUGAGGUCUGCGAGUUCUAUACAGGCUAGAGAUCAGAUUGCUCACGAUUUGUUACACCAUGGACAGGCAGGCACUCGUUAUAGUUGAUCUGAGUUUGUUAUAGUUAUUUGUAUUUCGUCAUUCUUUUGGCUAUGGCUUGUUACAGUCAUAUUUGUACAAUAAGAACGGGCUUAUGUAUAAUAUAUUUUUGGCUCUCUAAUAAUAAAUAGAUUGAUAGUUUUUACUAAA